AUGUCGCAGAUGGGAGAAACUGACACUUUCCAACCGCCAAAGGCGGCUCAGAGUCAGGAAAAGCCCGGACUGGAAAAGAAAAUGGCACCCCCUAGUGAAGUCACCAAACUUGAAGGAAGCCAAGGAUUUGUUGAAUAUACCGGCGCGGAUAAACUCAAGGACAAAAAGGUCCUCAUAACUGGUGGCGACUCCGGCAUUGGUCGGUCAGUCUCGGUUUUGAUGGCCAGAGAAGGCGCAGAUAUUAGUAUUGUUUAUCUACCGCAAGAGCAACAUGAUGCGGAAGAAACAAAGGCAAUGGUCGAAGCAGAAAAUAGAACCUGUUUGCUUAUUCGUGGAGACUUGAGAAAGUAUGACUUCUGUCGUCAAGCGGUUGAAGAACACAUCAAGAGACACGGUGCUCUGAAUGUGCUCGUCAACAAUGCCUCGAAACAGUAUUCGUGCAAGGAUCUAGCAGAGAUCGAUCUCGAGAAGGUCGAAGAUGUGUUCCAAUCGAAUAUUCUCCAGAUGAUCGCAAUCACAAAAUACGCCCUUCCACACAUGUCUAAAGGCGACUCGAUCAUCAACAACACCUCAGUGGUUGCUUUCCGCGGUACGGCCAGCAUGGUGGAUUAUGCUGCCACGAAGGGAGCAAUUGUUGGGUUCACAAGGUCUCUCGCACAACAGCUCAUUCCAAAGGGUAUCCGAGUGAACGCCGUCGCCCCCGGCACGAUUUAUACCCCAAUUCAAGUCGACACACGAGAUCCCGAGGGUAUGAAGAACCUGGGCGAAAGCAAACCUCUCGGCCGUCCCGGUCAAGCCAGUGAAGUUGCUACCAGCUUUGUGUUUUUGGCCAGCAGAGAUGCCUCUUUCUAUUGGGAUUAG